CCGCCAAACUCGAAUUCCCAGCCUUUUCCAACGUGUUUUUCCGGACAAUUUUCCGUUAUUCCGUGUUUUCCCGUAAAUUCCGGGCUGCUCUCUAAGUUUGUCUGGCGUGUUUUGUUCCCUGGCUCCAGCAGAUUAGCAGAAAAUGGAUAAAGACGACGACAGCGAUGCUACGAUCCCAGCCACCCCGGAAGAGCUUGAUGUUGCGAUGGUGAACGAAAUCCCGGGCGACGAUUCUGUCCUCAUCGUGGAAAGCACACCUCCCCCGGUCAUCACGCUAUCCUCGGACGAUGAAACAUCGAACGCGGCGGGAGGGAAUCAGCGCAUCCAACGCCGGCAAAGAAUAAAAUCCAACCGAUCACCGGUGGAUUUCGUCGAUCUCAGCAACGUUCCCACACCCGGCCCGGCGCCGGAUGGCUACGAACAGUAUCGCCGGCAGAUCCGUAUGCGUCUGGCCGAAGGCAGGGGGCACAAUGAUUCCGAUCUACAAUACCGCAACGCACCGGCUAUCGCGCACCCCCCGAUAGUGGCAACAGUCGACCUAAGUGACGUUUCCAUACCCGGCCCGUUCCCGGGAGUCAGGCAACAUCUUCUCCGGAACCGUCUUAACUUCGAGACGACAACUCCCCCGGGACAGGGGCGAAGUGUAUCUGAACAAGAAAACCGCAACCCAUCGGUCACCGCGAGCUCACCGCCAGCAGCAGCAGCAGCACCAAACGUACCUGCUGCUUCUCCCCCGAGGAUUAUCUGCCCCGUAUGUUAUGAACCGCUGGCGCCAAAGGAACCAUAUUCGACCAACUGCGGCCACCUGUUCUGCCGUGAAUGCAUUUCAAACAUACUCCAGAUCUCCAAAAAGUGCCCCAUGUGCAACAAGCCUUUGAAAGGCAAAGCUGCGGUUCAUCGUGUCUUUCUAACCGACGGCGUCACUCAUUAAAAUACUCACUAUCGAAAGGCGAACCAGAGAGCUCUUAUAUUUUACUGUUGAACUGUACAAAUGAAUACGCCCAUUGGCGAUAGGUAAUAAA